UUGCGGAAGUGAACCAUCGCCGUUGAAGAAAAAUGGCAUCUCAGAGGUGUAGCUACUCGGCUGUGCUGCUCAUAAUAUGUAGUUUGUCUGUGUUUAUUGUCGCAGACUGUCAAGAAACGACUGUGUCUGGUGAUCAUCAUGCCACUGCGGUCGAUAAUCCACAAACAGCCACCGAAACAGCGGAACAGACGGCCGAGCAGCCCGCGGUGGAGGAGAGACGGUGGGAAGCAACUGAGGUUGAAGAGGCAACUCCGGAUGAAUUUUCAACCGACAAACAGGACACUUCUUCCCCCGAAACCGUGGUCCCCCCGUCAGUACCGCAGCCUAAAGACGAUUUUCAGGAGGAAUUGGUCAUCAGACCGCUGCACUCAGGCGAUAUUUAUGCCAGCUUCCAGUUCCGCACCCUGUGGGAAACUGAUUUCAUGAGAGGAAAGAAAGUGUCCCACUACCGGUUAUUUCCCAAGUCUCUGGGCCAGGUCAUCUCCAAGUUCUCAGUGCGAGAGCUGCACAUCUCCUUCACGCAGGGCUACUGGAGGACCAUGCAGUGGGGGCAGCCCUUCCUGCCGUCCCCUCCCGGUGCUGAACUCUGGGUCUGGUUCCAGGACUCUGUGACAGAUGUGGAUGGCACAUGGAAGGAACUGACGAAUGUUUUGUCUGGGAUCUUCUGCGCUUCACUGAACUUCAUUGACUCCACCAACACUGUUCAGCCCAGUGCGUCAUUCAAACCGCUGGGUAUAGGCAACGUGACGGACCACCGCUUCCUUCGCUAUGCCACCCUCCCACGAGAGAUUGUUUGCACUGAGAAUUUGACACCCUGGAAGAAACUCCUGCCAUGUGCAUCCAAGGCUGGUCUCGCUGUCCUGUUGAAGUCCGAGAAGCUCUUCCACAGCAGCUUUCAUUCCCAGGCAGUGCACAUCAGACCCGUGUGUCAGGACUGGAAGUGCAAAACCACAUCCUGGGAGCUGAGACAGACGCUCAAUGUGGUCUUUGACCUGCAUACGUCUUCGCAGGGCAAACGAGAGUGGUCUCUGUUUAAGAUGUUCUCUCGGACCCUGACUGAAUCUUGUCCGCUGGCCUCCUCCAGUAAAAUCUACAUCGACGUCACAGAUAACCCUCAGGGGGAGCAGUUUGAAGUGAGCCCGGCCACUCCCCUGCUGAGCCAGGCAGUGGUGCUGGGGGACAGACGAACCUUCUCUGUUUACGAUCUGACCCAACAAAUCACCUUUGGCACUGUGCGCUCCCUCAACCUGCUGAUCCGCUGGAAAUCCAGCGAGGGUAACAUGCUGCGUCCCCUGCUCCACGCUGAGCGUUAUGUGGCUGGUUACGGGCUGCAGACAGGAGAGAUUCACACGCUGAUGUACAACAACCACCCGUACAGGUCUUUCCCUGUGCUGCUGCUAGACUCUGUGCCUUGGUAUCUUCGUCUCUACAUCCACACGCUCACCGUCAAGAGCAAGGGAAAGGACAACAAGCCCAGCUACAUCCACUACCAGCCUUCUAAGGACCGUGUGAGGCCACACCUGCUGGAGAUGCUGGUCCAGCUUCCUCCCAAUUCCGUCACUGAGGUCACAGUGCAGUUUGAGAGGGCUCUGCUCAAGUGGACUGAAUACACCCCUGAUCCCAACCACGGAUUCUAUGUUGGGUCUUCAGUAAUCAGCUCUCUUGUACCAAGCAUUGUCGCCAUGGAUACGAACAGCACUCAAGACCGCCCACUUUUCAGCAGCUUCUUUCCCUGUAAAGAGGAGUCCAGCUACUUUGUGCGCGUAUACACGGAGCCUCUGCUGGUCAACCUGCCAACUCCAGACUUCAGCAUGCCUUAUAAUGUCAUCUGUCUGACCUGCACUGUGGUGGCCGUGGGCUACGGCUCUCUCUACAACCUACUGACCCGGAGUUUCCAGAUAGAAGAGCCCAGCCCAGGACUGGCCAAGCGGAUAGCCAACAUCAUCCGCAAAAUGAGGGGCGUGCCUCCACUCUGAGGCUGGCCACGAAUGCCAACCACUACUCUUUAGAAAGGAAGUUUUCCUUUUUGGUGAAACCACUGGUAAACAUGUGAUAUUCAGGGAAGCACAGAGUCGAGCACUGGUAUGAAUGUUUUUAAAACUUGAAGGUUUUCUUUUCAAAUGGAAGAAGACAAAUAAUUAUUUUGAGUAUAAAUGUAUUCGGGAUAAUUUCCUGCCAGCUAAGGACAAGGAAAUGUGAACAGUUUGUCUACUUGGAAGAAUUUUGUCUAACAAGUAGAAAGAACCAUACUUUUACUGUGCUGUAUGCUGCAAUGGCAACUGCAUCAGAGUUUUUUGGUUUGACUGUUUUUGUUCUUUGAAUGUUUGAAGCCAUAACUCCACUACAUCAUAAUAUAGGCCACAGGGUCUCUGAAGAAGUUUGUUACUGUGAGGAAACAAACGAUGCUUCUACAAUGAGACUUGUGGCCUUACAAAGUUUCCGAGGUCAGAUAAACAAAGGACGGUCACUUUGUUCUCACACUGUGUUCAUGACCUGUUCUUUGCUAUCUCCCUGCCAGGAACAAUGUCAUAAAAUGACAUUUUAGUCAUACUUAGUCUCUCAAAAUGUCAAAAACAACCUCAGUUAUGAUAGGAUAACAAAAAACUCUGCCUUCAUGCCCAUCCAUAAAUUGACACCCUGUGAAAGAGUAACUAUAGAACAUCCUAAAGUAUAUCCUCUUUAUUUAAUAGUUCCUCAUUCCUUUGGAUUAUCUGACACGCAUUUUAUAGUUGUUUUAAUAUAUUUUACCACAUGCUUGCAAAAAUCAUGGAACUACUUUUUCUAUAGAAAUGGAACAGCCCUCUUACCCAACUUUCAUAUGACACUCAGUUGUUGGAUGCAUGCUUGAAUGUUAAAUGUUUGCAGCUCACAUCAUAAGAUCUCUUCAUAAGAAAUGCAUUUAUUGCAUUUAGUUUGUCAGGUUGAUAACUUAUAUACUCAUCAGUUCAAUGCAGUUUCAGUGUGUCUUAUAGUGAAUAGAAAUAUGGAAAUGACCACACCAAAAUACUACCAUACAUUUGUUUUAUAUAUUUUUUACCAAUAACAACAGUAUCCCCUUGAAUGCUGUCUGCCUAGUCUAUUCUUCACUUGCUGUAAGAAAAAGUGUCUUGUGUGUUUGUAUGCGUGUGUGUGUGCAUAUAUAUAUAACUUAAAAUGCCCUUUAUUGCCUUUUCAAUAAAC